CUCAGUCUCGUUUAUUGAGCGCACGGUAGCGCGUCGCACGCGGUGAGGUCCGCACCGGUGAGUUACUAUGCGGCGGAGCGACUGAUUCUCAGCAGCACCGAGCCACACAGAUGCGGGGAAGAGAGAGACGCGCCACUGUACCGUGAGAAGAGACUCUCACUGCGGUAUUUCUGCCUCGAAACAGAAGAACUGCUGUUGUGGACGGAUUUCAUGUAAGGCAGCAGAAUGAGCUCGUCUCCCGUCGUCUCGCGCGUGUCCGUCGACAUCCUGGAGGAACUGCAGCUCUUCGCAGCUCAAAACCUGGAGAAGGUGGAGGUCAACAAGUACUACGAAGUCAUUCGGGAGCUGGGGAAGGGCACCUACGGGAAGGUGGACCUCGUCAUCAAUAAGAUCAAAGGUACCAAGAUGGCUCUGAAAUUUCUAAAGAAGAAAACAACCAAGCUGAAGAGUUUCUUGAGAGAGUACAGCAUCUCUCUUUAUCUGUCUCCGUGUCCCUUCAUCAUCAACAUGUUUGGCAUCGCGUUCGAAACGGAGGAGUACUAUGUUUUUGCGCAGGAAUAUGCUCCGUCCGGUGACCUGUUCGAUAUCAUUCCACCGCAGGUGGGUUUGCCGGAGACGGUGGCGAAGCGCUGCGUCCAUCAGGUGGCCAUCGCCCUGGACUUCCUGCACUCCAAAAAGCUGGUGCACCGAGACAUCAAGCCCGAGAACAUCUUGAUCUUCGACAAGGAGUGCCGCAAGGUCAAGCUGUCGGACUUCGGCAUGACGCGGCGCGCCGGCUCGCCGGUGAAGCGCGUGAGCGGCACCAUCCCGUACACGGCCCCCGAGCUCUGCGACGCGUCCAAGCACGAGGGCUUCUCCGUGGACUACAGCACGGACGUGUGGGCCUUCGGGGUGCUGCUCUUCUGCAUGCUGACCGGGAACUUCCCCUGGGAGAAGGCCAUGCCGUCCGACACCUUCUACGAGGAGUUCGUGCGCUGGCAGAGGCGGCGGAGCGGCGCGGUGCCGUCGCAGUGGCGCCGAUUCACGGACGAAGCCCUGCGCAUGUUCAGAAAGCUCCUGGCCCUGGAGCAGGAGCGCCGCUGCUCCGUCAAGGAGGUGUUCGCGCACUUCGGCCACCGCUGGAUGCUGGACGGCCAGGCGGGCGGCAGCCACCACCAGGCCACGCCGAACUCUUCGUCUGAGGAGGAGGAGCUGCUGGCGGACCGUAUGAAGCAGCAGACCCUGUCCCCGGUGGCUUCCAAGACCAACGGCGUGGAGUCGGGAGCCGCUCACCACUUCACCUCCGUGUCCACGAACAGCUCAGUGUCUUCCACCAACAGCUACGAGCGCUCGGCCAGAGACAGCCCGCCCAGGAGCCGCAUCCUGGUCACGACGCCCAUAGAGAUCUGCGUGUGAGGCGCGCACGAGCAGACGCGUCCAGAAGAGACUCUAAAACCCUCAUGUACAUCCGGAGGCGAGCUCCGAUUCUCCGGUCAGCUCGACUAACAUUCCUAGCAGAGACGCGUAGAAAGGGUGCGCUGAGAUGCGUUUUAAAGACCCGUACACACCAAGUGCGACGAUUGUAACGAUAAACAUAGCAGCGUCCGCGCAGACUGGCAUAGCGUUUAUUUUAAAGGAGUAGUUCACCCAAUUUUGGUCAUCGUUUAUUCACUUUCAAAUUUCUCUGUUUUGGGUCACCAUUGACUUCCAUAGAUGUUAGUCAAUGGUGACCCGAACCCGCCCGGUUGCAAGCUUUUUUCAAAAUAUCUUCCUUUGCGUUCGGAGGAACAAAGAAAUUCAUGCAGGCUUGAAACUACUCGAGGGUGAAUAAAUGGUGACAGAAUUUUUAUUUUUGGGCGUACUGUUCCUUUAAGUGUGCCGCGGUUUUGUUGCUCUCUUGGAAUCUGAUUGGCUAUCAAUGUUUUUAUUGUUUAUUUGUUGAAAAAAAAAAAAAAAAAAACUACUUUAACCUUAAUGUACAAUCAAGAAAAACAUUUAGCGAACAUCCAGAAACAACGUCGUCAUAACCGGAAGGUUAGUAAAAAAAAAAAAAAAAAAGAUUUUAAAAGACAUUAAAUGUGAAUCGAAUGUUCAUUAAGAGUUAUUUAUAAUGUAAUAUUUUAAAAAUGUUAGCAUUAAAAAAGUAAUAGGUUUUACUUUUAAUUGGACGUUUGUCUGAUUUUCUUUUAACGUUUUGUUCAGAGAACAUUUAAAAGUAACACUGCGUACAAAUUGAAUUAUUUCUUAACAAAGACCAUUUUCAAAAUAUUUAAAAACCGAAACAUUCCAGCAAAGUAUUUUAAAGUUUUAUUUAUUUGUUUUUUUAAUUUUCCGGGCAGUCAUUACCAUUAUAGUUGCAGUGUGGACUUAUAUCGAAUUAUUUUAGUUUUAGUUGUCACGUGAGGUGUGCACGGGCCUUGACGAACUAAUAAAAGAGGACUGAACGUCAAAACGUCUCUAAAGCAAUACACGAAGCAAAAAAGAAAGAAUAUCUGGGAUCUUCAUUCUUGUGAGGAAUUCAUCAAAUAAACAGUGAGAACUGGGACACUGAGGACAUUCGCUGUUUGUUUGAGAUUUAGUUCGUACGAAUCAUUUAAAGCCAGAUUUUUUUUGCAUGCACCCGGAAGUGUUUCUAAACCUGACUCGUAGACUGUUGUUUUGAACCGACUUGAUUCAUCAGGAUUCUUAGUAUUCAGAAAUAUAUAUAUUUUUUCAGUUGCUGCGUAGUGAUUAACAAACAUCGAUGUUUCUCGUUUGAUUUUAGUACUUUAGCGCAGUCGUGCCAAACUUAUUUAGUAACGUGAAGGUCAGCCGCUGCUCCGUUUAAAACGUGGUUACGCGAAAGUUGUUCACAAUGUCUGGGAGUGUGUUUUUUUUCCUCAUUUCUGAGCCUGUGCACUGGUUUUAGUGGCGAACACUGUAUUUGAAGAAGGACAGGUUGAAAAAGAUGUAUUUUUGCCUACUGUACACUUUAGUUUCCUCGGUGUGUCCCCCCUCUUCGAAGUCUUAUAUUUUUUCUACAUUGGUCGAAACUGAAACUCAAAGCUCUAAUAACUGCAUGAAGAUAACGAUGUAAUGUGAACGUUUUUACCGUCACGAUUUCUUGCGUAACGUUUCAGGGUGAAAUUGUAGUAGAUGACGUAGCGCGAGACGUCCAGCCAGCCAAUCGGAUCGCUCGUUUUCUUGUCGUGUUUGUGCUGCUGCUGUUGUUGUUGUUGAUUUCUCGCCGAGCUCAAAACUACCUGAUUGAGACACCCGGGCUGCUGCUGUCGACCCUGUUUUUAAUUACGUUUUAUUUUAUGCUACACGUCUGCAUGAGCUUUCAACACGUGGGAAAAAAAAGGUUAGCUGUAGUCAACUUGCAUCAGAAGAUGCCUAUCCUGUCGUUGCGCAUCGGGAACCGGAAACCAAGCGUUUUGGUUUUAAUCUCAUUAGUUAUCGGUGGGCUUUCAGUCAUCAAAAACAAACUCUUGUCUUUGCAAUAAAACUGUCUUCCUGUACGUUCAGGUUUAUUCGGAAAUAAAUCGUGAAUGAAACGCGCACUUGUUUGUUUCUGUAGAGUUGCUGGAUCUGACUUUUUAAUCUCGGUUGAUACUUACCUCAAGACUCGUUUCAUUUCACAAUCGUCUUCUGAUUUCCUCAGUCUUUUUUCUUUUAUCUCACAACUUUUACUUUUUUCUUCAGAAUUUAGAGGAGGUAGAAAUGCAAAAAACGAAUUGCAGAAUGUGAACUUGGAAUUCUGAGGGGGGAAAAAUAAUUAAAAUUUAAAGUAUACGUUUCACAAUCACAAAAAAAAUAAUUUAGAUUUUUUUCUUGCAAUUCUAAAUGCAUUCUUUGAAAGCUGCAUUUUCUUAAUUAUUUUAAAAUGUAAAAAAAAAAAUUAAAAUUCACAAUUAUGAUUUUUUUUUCUUCCUCUGACUUUUUUUUUUAAAUCUAAAUUUCUGAUGUUCUUGCACUUGAAUUAUUUAAAAAGUCUUAAUUGUGAGAAUUAAGAGAAAUAAGCAUCCAUAAAUGUAAUUUUUUUCGUCACAUUACUGGCAAUACGCAAGUGAAAACGAGCGAGUGUCAAACAGCACAUUAGACAAAGUAAAAGAAGCCAGUUUAUUACGCUGACCAACUGGGUUUACUCCGUUCCGGAUAAAUACAUUUUUGGGGUAAGAAUGGCAACAACAACAACAACAAAAAAAAAAAACGAACCCUGCUCAACCCUGAGAUUAAGAUCGGAAAAGAUUUAACGUUUGAGAAAAACAAUGCAAACAAAAAAAAGGAUUUUGGUACAUUUGGUAUAAAAUUGGAUAGAUCAUUCAAGUAAGACCAAAAAAAUUUGUACAGAUUUAGUCCUGAACAAAAGUAUGGCACAAAACACGAGUACAUUAACACCGACGUGAAGGACAUCACAGGACUCGACCUCUCACACACACACACACACACGCUGCCAAAGUACAGGCUGGAUUUGGCACAGAAUCGUCUCGAACUUGGGACGAAAAUAUCGACAUAAAGAGUUUGCACACGUGUUGUUUAAUGCAAUGUACAUUUACAGAACAAGCCUCCAAAUCCUGAUCUCGUUCAUCGAACAAAAAGCAAUGCUUCCAUAAAUAAACCGACAGUGAUUUGUCUCAGCAAGGCAGCAACAAAUGAAUAAACCCUUAUUAGGAAACAAUGAUGCAUGAACGUUUCACAACCGGAGAAAGGAUGUCUUAAGGGCACCUGAAGAUACAAACCCAAAAACGCUUUCCAAAAAAACUCAUUUCCGAAGGUGACGUGUCUGUACUAACCCAGGCUUAUUUACACUAGUUAACCGGCUACAAAAUAUAGAUUAGGCAGGAGACGUAAGUGCAUAGAACUAACGAGAAACUCCACUGGCUGUGGCUCAAAUGAAGUUACGAACAUUAAUAUUCAGCGUUCAAUGUUUGGAUGUGAAGCGCACAGUUAAUGUCACUGAGAAUGAACGAGGACAUCUGCUCUUAUGCUGGAAGAAACGGAUAAUCAUUCGAGACGCACAAAACAUCUGGCCUUGAAUUAUGAAGCCCACAUACUCAUCUUAGACAAAAAAAAAAAAAAGAAA